UUCGGGUUGGGAUUUUCUGACGCCGUAUGUUUUUCUUAAAAUAUCUGUUUUCGUACAUUGUUGGGGUUCGUCAACCGCGCGCGAUCGGCGCCGUAAUCGGCAGUGGAAAUGAUGAACUCCAGUGUCGACCUGUCCCGGCGGAAUCCGCAGGAGGAUUUCGAGCUGAUCCAGAGGAUAGGAAGCGGCACAUACGGAGAUGUGUACAAGGCUCGUAAUGUAAACACAGGAGAGCUGGCUGCUAUCAAAGUCAUCAAACUGGAACCGGGUGAGGACUUUGCUGUCGUCCAGCAGGAGAUUAUAAUGAUGAAGGACUGUAAACACUCCAACAUCGUAGCCUAUUUUGGCAGUUAUCUCCGGAGAGAUAAGUUAUGGAUCAGUAUGGAGUACUGUGGGGGAGGUUCUCUGCAGGAUAUCUAUCACGUAACCGGGCCUUUGUCAGAGUCACAGAUAGCCUACAUGUCACGGGAGACCCUGCAGGGUUUAUAUUACCUACACAAUAAAGGCAAAAUGCAUAGAGACAUCAAGGGAGCAAACAUCCUCCUGACAGACAACGGCUAUGUUAAACUAGCUGACUUUGGUGUAUCGGCCCAGAUCACAGCAACUUUAGCCAAGAGGAAGUCAUUCAUUGGAACUCCGUACUGGAUGGCUCCAGAGGUAGCAGCGGUAGAGAGAAAAGGAGGUUACAACCAGCUGUGUGAUAUCUGGGCUGUCGGCAUUACUGCAAUAGAGCUGGCAGAACUACAGCCUCCCAUGUUUGACCUGCACCCCAUGAGGGCCCUCUUCUUAAUGACCAAGAGUAAUUUCCAGCCUCCUAAGUUGAAAGAUAAACUCAAGUGGACAAACAACUUUCACCAUUUUGUCAAACUGGCCCUGACCAAGAACCCAAAGAAGAGGCCCACCGCUGAGAAACUGCUGCAGCACCCUUUCGUGUCCCAGCCUCUCAGCAGGACUCUGGCAAUAGAGCUGCUGGACAAAGCCAACAACCCCGACCACAGCACCUUCAAUGACAUCGAUGAUGACGACCCUGAGCCAGAGUCUCCAGUCUCUGUUCCUCAUCGUAUUCGUUCCACCAGCAGGAGCGCCAGGGAGGGAAAGACAUUGUCAGAGAUUAACUUUGGUCAGGUCAAGUUUGAUCCUCCGUUGAGAAAGGAGACAGAACCUCAUCAUGAACCGUGUGAUUCUGAGCCCUAUCUGGACUGUGUUGAGGAGCUCUACUAUACCGCGAGAUCUAAUCUGGACUUGCAGUUGGAGUAUGGGCACGAUUCACCAAGUCUUCUGGGAGGAAACAAGAGCCUUCUCAAAUCUGUGGAGGAGGAGUUGCAGCAGAGGGGCCAUGUGGCACACUUAGGGGAUGAUGAGGAUGAGGAUGAUGAUGGUGCAGAUGAUGAUGAAACUCACACUCAUAAAUCGAGCACUAUCAUGAGACCAAAGGUCCCACCUCCGCUUCCUCCCAAGCCCAAGUCCAUCUGCUCGUCCCAGCAGCAGCAACAAAAACACGACGAUAGCCAAUCACACAGCGAGGACGACGGCGGAGGGGGAGGGACCAUCAAACGCUGCCCAGUCCCAGAGACGCCGAGCCCCGCCAAGCCCGCCUCCAACGUACCCCCGCGUCCCCCGCCCCCGAAGCUGCCGCCCCACCGCCGCAGUAGCCUAGGUAACGAGAGCCCCAAGCGCACGGACGUGGAAAACUCUGCCCCAGAGGAUGAUGGGAGCUUUAGGCAUUUCUGGGAGUGGCUCCACACGCCUCACACAGAGGAGGAGCUGGAGGAGGCAUGGGAGGUGCUGAAGGAGGUGAAAGAGGAGCAGGAAAAAGAGGAGGAAAAGGAAGAGAGUAAUGGGCUGAACUCUCCACACAGUGGAGACAGGGACGGUCCAGCAGACAGACAGUCCACUAUGCCCCCUAGUGUCCCCAUACGGAAAGACAAGAAGGACGUUCCGAAGCCAAUCAGUAAUGGCCUCCCCCCUACACCCAAAGUCCACAUGGGGGCAUGUUUCUCUAAGGUGUUCAACGGCUGUCCUUUGAAGAUCCACUGUGCCACCUCCUGGAUCAAUCCCGACACCAGAGACCAGUAUUUGAUAUUCGGAGCUGAAGAGGGAAUCUACACAUUAAACCUUAAUGAACUGCACGAGACCUCGAUGGAACAGCUCUUUCCUCGGCGGUGUACCUGGCUAUAUGUCAUGAACAAUUGUCUUCUUUCCAUAUCCGGAAAAGCCUCUCAGCUGUACUCCCAUAGUCUGAGCGGUCUGUUCGAACAGGCCAGACAGUUACAGAAGUUACCAGUAGCCAUUCCCACACACAAGCUGCCUGAUAAGAUGAUUCCCAGGAAGUUUGCGGUGUCCAAUAAAAUUCCAGACACUAAAGGGUGCCAAAAGUGCUGCGUAGUCCGUAACCCGUACACAGGCCAUAAGUACCUGUGUGGAGCCUUUCAGUCUAGUGUCAUGCUGUUGGAGUGGGUGGAGUCCAUGCAGAAGUUCAUGCUCAUCAAGAACAUCGACUUCCCGUUGCCGUGUCCGUUGGAGGUCUUUGAGAUGCUGGUGGUCCCGGAGCAGACCUACCCACUGAUCUGUGUGGCGGUCAGUAAAGGCACCGAACUCAACCAGGUGGUCCGGUUCGGCACCGUCAACCCCAACUCUACCUCCUCCUGGUUCACAGAAGCAGACACACCGCAGACGUGUGUGAUCCACGUCACUCAGCUAGAGAGAGACACUAUCCUAGUCUGCCUCGACCGGUGUAUAAAGAUAGUGAACCUCCAGGGAAGGUUGAAAUCCAGCAGGAAGUUGUCAGCCGAGCUCACCUUCAACUUUCAGAUCGAAUCCACAGUUUGUCUCCAAGACAGCGUCCUGGCCUUCUGGAGGCACGGCAUGCAGGGACGCAGCUUCAAGACCAACGAGAUCACCCAGGAGAUCUCUGACAGCACACGCAUCUUCAGACUACUGGGAUCAGACAGACGUGCUGACUGUAGAGAUCCAGAGGCUGAGGAGCGAGGCCUCGCCCUGCCCAGGGUGGUGGUGCUGGAGAGCAGGCCAACAGACAACCCUACAGCCCACAGCAACCUCUACAUCCUGGCAGGCCAUGAAAACAGCUACUGAGACACAUGCACACACGCACAUGAACACACUUCUCUAAAGAGCCUACCACUAACGCAAACAAGGGAGUGAGCAACCGGGAGACACACUCAGCCCAACCUUACCGCCAACCCACCCAACCUCCUGUCGGCCAGGCAGCUGGGAGAUGAGCCGUUCGCGGGUGCAGAUGUGGAUUCCCAGUGGCAGACAUUUAAAAAUGCACCGCAGUGUUAGAUGUGUAUUAGUUAUGCGUGUUGUAGUAGGGCAGCAGGGUUGUGGACCCGUUUCUGUCAGGGUUAAAACUGCUGGUCUGAGGCCAGCUUGGGUUCAGAUAGUCGGGGAAUCUCUUCUCUGCACCUUACGAGAGCGACCUCAACCCAGAAUCCUUCCUGAUACCACCCCACCUCCCCCCUGCAUACUGCACGCUGGGAAAACACCACCCGGCACAGAAGUCUGACUUCAACACUACUUCUACUACUAGUUCUACACAUACUACUACUACUACUGCUACUUGCGCUAAAGCUUCACAGAAGAGCCAUCUUGCACAGAAAACCUUUCUCUCCUUCAUUGUCCUUUUUUUUCCACCUUUUUUUUUUUAACUACACCUUUAUUUAUUGUGGCAUGAUGUAACUUUAACAACCAGGAUGGCUUUCCUGUUUUAUUUGUUUUUUUUAAAGGAUAAAAAAAAGAGAAAACACACUAAAAAAGCUUCGCCACCUCUGCUAGCAUUGAAUUCUGAUACCCGUCACCACACCACACAAGUGCUUAAUUGACCUCUAUUUAAUUGUUGUAAAUAUAAAUGUAGUAUUUUUUUGACAGAGACGAACACUAAAAAGACUGGUCAUGUAGAUAGGCGUGUGUAUAGUUGCUCUGUACAACUGUGGAGACAAGCGGAGAGACAGACAGGCGUGGACGAGUGACGGGGCAGUAAAUGCACUUCCUAGCUCCCGGAUCAUGUGACGAGGGUCAGGAAGCACAGACCCCUGCAGUCUCCUCAGGUGGACAGCUUCAGUAAUGGGAUAUUACUCUAAUAUCAGUCUGGAGCUCAGCAUUGGACUGAGCAAACGCAGGAAGCAGCACUGAUUGGUCAUUUUCAUUUUGCAUGCGUCACCAUCGAAACUUCCUGCGUGUUCGCACCAUAGCAGCAGUCGUCGGGGCAACGGAUGUUACAAUUUCUGUUCAUUUAAGUUUGCUUCUCCUGUUUCAUCGUUUUCAUUUUUUUAAUGCCGUUUUAAUCAGAAAGCUUUGUUUUUUUUUCCUGUCAGGCGAUUUUGUUUUUCUUUUAUUGAACCACUGGUGUUGAAAAUUUGCACAGAGAAAAAGGUAUUUGACAAACAAAUGUGAUGUCAUUAUAAUAUAUGACCUUGUGUGUCUGCACAGUGUGUGUGUGUAUGUGCGUGUGCCUAGACAUAGAUUAUGCACAUACAAGUGCAUCAUGUACAGAGCUGGUCUUUAACAGGUGGCAGUUAUGUUUCUGCUCGAAAAAGAGCACCAACAAAAGCUGGAUUUACACAGACGGAAAAUCACUCAUAUUUAUGCAGCAUAUAUUAGCCAUUAGCGGCAGAAAAGCCCUCCCAUUUACUGUACAGAGUAAAAUGAUGAGCUACAGGCACAACUCCCAUUCUGAGCUAGCUUCUGUUCUGCUAGCGUCCAAAACAAAAUGAGCUUCCUCAUAGAGGAUUUUCUAAGAAGCUGAAACAAGAUGUUGGGUAAAUGUAAGUGUGCACUAGCGUGCUCGACAUGUUGAACACAUUUUAAAAAAUGAUUGUUAGCAUUAAGCAUCUAUUACACACUGAAAAGUGCUGCAUGGUUGCUCAAUGCUAACAAAAUCACUCGUUUCACCUUUGUUAACAUCAUGAGGUGCUCAAGUUUUGCUGUAGCACAAUUGUAGACACCCAUUUAUCUGAGAUUAUAAACUUUAUGAUGUGUUUCAGCUUUUUCAGAAGGAACAGUCAAUGAAACAUGUUGAGCGAUGAAUGCUAGUAGAAGAGAAGCUCAUCCAGAAGUUCAGCAGGAAUUCUGUGUAAGUCCGAAUCUUUUAUUCCUUUUAGUCAUAUUUUAACUUCAGCCUCCGUCGCUGCGACUUUUUUAAAGGCCGACGUCUGUACGAGCAAUCACACUACAUGCAUGUAGAUGUACACUGUGUGGUGUGUGUCUACAUGCGGCAGUACGCUAGCAGUCUUUACAAGCUGUGACACUAGAGGUCGCUGGAGAGGGCGGGAACAACCUAACUGAGACGCCGUCACUGAACCAGAAAUCUCACAGAGCUGAAACGUUCGGGUUUUAAGUGGACCACAUUCCCGAAUUUCUCAUUUUCUCCAUGCAAAGACGUUAAUAAGCUUAUAGCUCAACCAGCCAACAAAGUAUAAACACCGAUCAGCCACAACAUUAAAACGUCACAAUUUUGGCGUCUGCUGCCAUCUAGUGGUGUAUUUUCACCGUGUGACGUGACUCAAAGUAACCCGACUGUGGACUAAAAACAGACUGAAGUAUCACAGACUUAAUGCGUCAUCAGACUGUAGCAACAAAGUGGAAAUCCAGUCGACACAAUAGGAAUGGGAACAGUUACAGUAUUGUCUUCUGUAAUGUAGGGGAUAGCUGUGGAAUGAAUGGAAAUAUUCUUAAAGGAUGACAACAUUUCAGCUCUGUGUACUUGUGCCGCUGAGAAGGCGGUUUUAAAAGGGACAUCGCCGUCUUGGCAGACUGACAAUUUAAGAGAAGAAUGCAACAGCUUUCCUCUUAUCGCCGUUCUGACGUUUCCUUCCAUUGCUCAGAAAGUCCACAUAAUGAUCUCAACCUCUUUUUGUUGUCACUUUGCCAACAUGGCAGCGUGUCCCUGCUGCAGACUCUCAGUGACAGGAAUCACACCGGUGCCCCUGCACGCUGUUUCACUGUUCUCAUGGGGUUUAUUUGUGGAUGAACAGAUCCUCUCAGUGGGUUCCAGCUCCUGAUGCACUGUUGUGGUGAAGUAGCUAAAACAAACCCAGUCUCGGUAAGCGUAGUGAGCUUGAAUCCACUGUGAGGAUUUAAGUUAUUUGUCUACUUUUUAUGGCCUGCGCACACUUUUUGUGUCUAAAAAGGCCACAGAGCCUUGCUUUGCACCUGGAAAAACAAAUGUCAUAUAAAUCACACAAGACAUUUAGACACUAAACUUAAUUGCCAUGUAGUAAGUUUGGAGUGGAAAAAUGUAUUCAUUUAUGGAGCCUUUCAUAGGACUCUAAUGGCUCUAAUAUAACCACAAAUCAGCCAUAGAAGAGAUAAAUAUGAAAUCAGUUGAACUCUACUGGCGACAGCUGGGGUUGAUCCACUUUCAGGGCAAGACAUUUGUUCAGACCAGUAAGGAAAGAGUUUAAACUGAAUCUCAGAGCACAUUACAGUUUCACAAUGUAUAUAUUUGAAGGAGCUUUUCGCGUAAAAAGCCUUUAUAAUCGAACGCAAACAUUAAAAAUGCAUUAGCAUUGUUUUGACUUGCCUUGGAAGUGAAUCACUACCCCAGAUGAGCUAUUUAGCCACGGCCGUGCUAAUACAUGUGCUUCUAGCCAACACCCAUAAACAAACAAGUGUCGCAGUUUCAGGGCUGCAGCCGAGUUUUAUUCACACAUUCAGGUUAUUUAACACCAAUAGUUUUCUAUCAGUUUGUUCUGACAGUAGCAAAAAGAUAUUAGCUCUACCAAGUACACUGCGUAGCCUCAUCAUGACGUCAGCCAUUAAGCCUAAUUAAUCACUUUCAUAUUUAGGCUCAAUUCAUUCAAUUUGAUUGGUUGCUGCUUGAUUAGAAUACAGAGUGUCAGCAGCCCUGAGCAACCAAACCUGUUACCGGUUCAUCGUAUAUAUGGAAAAAAAAUGUCAGGCCUUUACAUUAGAGCUCAGUUGAUGUCAAAGAACGUAUAUUUUACAUUUUGAAUGUAAUGCCAAAAUAUGUUUCAAAUUUUAUGGCCAAAUUUAGAUCUAGUCUACCUCGUACAUCCUGAAUAAAUGAAUUAAAAAAAAACAAUAUGUCUGAUUCAAAGGCAGCCAUAAACAGCGUAUAACAAAACACGCUCUCUGAGACUUGAUAGAAUGUCUCUGUCGUCUCGGUUGACGUUUGUAAAUGAUCUGAGAGCUCAUCAUGAUGCUAAAACUUAACACGUGGGAACAAAGUGAACGAGAGUUUCCAUUGAAAGUGACUUUAAAGUCGUCUUUGUUUCCUAAAAUAAUCCCAGUUUCUUUUACUAUGUGUUGAAUCAUGAGAUCUCAAGCCGAAGAAAAAACUCACCGUAUCGUAGCUGCGCAUCUAAAAUCGAGGAAAGCAUGUAUUGAUUUAGUGGAAACAGGCUGCACAAGCAGUCCUCAAAUGUCAUGUCAGGUUUUCAUUUGGGUAAAAUGUCCCUUUAGCAGAAUAAAGUAAGUUUCUUUGGGGUUGAGUGACACUUCAGUGGUCAUUUCUGCUGUCAUAGAUGCAAGCUCGGCCUAUAACCCCCUAAAGCAGGUGCUGACAUGGCCUUCCGUUGUGGGUUUUGCUGAAUUGUUAAAAAGUCUGCUUGUGUUUUAUAACUUCAGCUACUCCUGGGUCAAAUCACGAGUGAAAAUAAUUCAUAGGGGUUGUUUUUAAGAUGAUGUGGGCACCAGAUAUGUGGGUUUUCCAAUUGAGACCGUCACAGAAGAGAAGACUGAGCCGGCGUUGAGAUGAUUUUCCUGGGAUCGACCGUUCUCUGCGGCGCUCCUUGUUUCCGUGCGGCAAACUCGAUCUGUCUGGUGCUCCGAUCGGAUUAAAGUCAAAGCUGAUGAGUUACUGUUUGAUCCCAGGUCUCCUCCCAAUACGAAACUAAACACAAUAAGUCUCCUCUGCUCUGUCGCUAUUACAUCACCUUCGUCUUUUGUUUUCAUAAUGCAAUGCACACGUUAUGAAAUGUAUAUAGUGUAAAAUAAAAAUGGGUUUGUUUUACAUACUGUAUAAUUGCCUAUAUUUUGGUUCAGAAGUGUAACAGAUUUAUGAGAUGACAGGUUAACACAUUAAAAAGAAGGAAGUCGAA